AGUAUUAAAAGUCCAUAUAGGUGACGUGGAUCGAUCAGAUCAGUAGACAAUGCAUGUCACCGUUGUCGCUGCUCUGCUACUAGCUGCAAGACAUACAGGUGCCAGGACCUUUGGAAAAGAAGACUCAACGGCGAAUUGUUCCCUUAAGCCUAGACAGGUAUGUGGCUCAAGCCCUAGCCGGGGUUUGCCUCAGCUGUACGUGUACGAUGCUGACGAGGGACGAUGCUGGCAAAUGCCAGCAUGUGAAAAGGUUCAAGCCCACGCGUUCUCCAUGUGGGUGCACUGUAGAGUAGCGAAUAAGCACUGUUCGGAGACACCAUUGCCCACAACGGCCACAACAGAGAAGAAGAAGAAAGGUGAAAAGACAAAGAAACCAAAGAAGGCGAAACCGUCAAAAGGAAAGGGGAAAAACGCUGAAAUAUCGAGUGAAACACCACCUCCCACGACGACGACGACGACCGCUGCACCCACCACUACUCUGAAAAGCACGACAGUUACUUCCAGUGUCACUAGCGAGAAGGCUGAGAAGAACAAGAAGAAGAAAGAAAAGAGGAAGAAACCAAAGAAGUCGAAACCGUCAGCGGGAAAGCAGUGAUCGACCGUACGCGCCUCAGUGAACGUCGACGGCUCUCAGUAUAAAGCCAGGCAUGGAACAUUCUAUAAUAAAUACACAUGACGUCCA